UUUUUAACAGAUACAAACCUGGUAAGGAGACUAAUCGUGUCGCGUCGGUGACCUUUGAGCUAAAUGUGGUAUUCCCCGUCCCACUAUACUGCGCAGAUGCAGUGUACCGUCGGCGUUUAUAAUGAUGCAUGUACUAAUUCCUAUUUACAUUCUGCAUUUGUGCAUGAGAUUUGUUCACUGACAGACCUGUGAUUUAUGUUGAACAUGCUCGAAGAUACACCCUCCUGAAUUCUGAGGGAUUUUGUAUACUAUUGUUCUCUGAGCAGUUUAUGGUACAUGUGCGUCGACGUGUCUUCAAGUUGGCUGUAUGGAUGACUCAUGACACACUGUUUGUUAUUCUGCUUCAAACCAGUUCAAGUUCAACUCCAGUGUUGAUUCACUCAGCGUUUAUUGAUUAUGCUCGGGGCUCGUCUGGGACUUCGCUGCAUUGGACUCUAGAAAACUGCCGUAUGAUUUCGUCAAAUUUGGUCGGAUAUAGAACCGGACGUCCUUCUAGCUAAGGUAUUUCAAGCAGAUCGUCUUCUUUUCCUCCACCCAGACAAGUACAGUAAGGAAACAUGCAUCGAAAGUUGUCCAUAAACAAAGCAUUUCACCCAUGAGAACAGUCUACUAGAUAAUCAUUCCAUUAUGGCAGGUAGACGCCCCACUCCGUGCAGUGUAGAUGUACUAGAUGAUGACAGAGGAAGCACUAUACUAAGUGAUACUGAAUCAGUAUCAUCAGUUUCAAGCAGUACCACAGGCCAACGUAAAAGGACUAGAAAGAGAGACAACAGGAAAAAAACGCAAACCCACAAGAACCUUUUCGGUCCAGAACUUACAGUACGAGAACUGAAUUAUCUUCGACAAAAGGAAAGCGACCUGGCGAUUACACUGAGAGCUCGGAAACCACUCUUGGAAGCUCUGCUUCUUAAGGAUGACUUGGGGGAUCAUAUGAUGGCAAAUCUCCUAGAUCUUCUCCUCUCAGUCUCAAAGAUAGGAGGUGAUGAUGCAAAGGAGGUAUAUCGAUUCUUAGCAAGCAGGCAGUUCAUCCAAGUCCAUCUACUUCUGAUUGUCAUGAAGUGCAGGAUGAACACUGGUUUGUGCUCUAGUGGCAAUGCUCUCCCGAAAGCAAUAUCGGUUUUGAUGGCAUUUUACCGGUUUGGGUGUGGAGAUACCGAAAGAUUCCAAAUGGUUGCAGCGGUGAUACAUGAUACAAUUGAGUAUGGUCUAGACAUUCCCGAGAGAAAGAGUUAUGCAAAGGGGCUUACAGAUGUCAAGAAGAUACUCAACAACGAGGAAAGUGGUAAAGAAGAAUCCGCCGAAGACAUAUGCAACAUCCCCAUAUUUCCUACAGCAGGAGAAGUAGCUGAUCCGGAAACUGCAGUACUUCGUGAUGCAACCGCUGAGGAGGGUCCUUCUGUGAAAAACUAUCUGGAAUGCCACUACCGACUUUUGAGGGAAGACAUCGUACAACCCCUUCGUGCAGUGAUUUCUAAGUAUCACCAAGUAAAGAGAGAAGAGGGGCUAGAUGCCGCGAAGAGGAAAUGCCAUAUCAUUGAUAAUGUCAAAUUGCAUGAGAUCAUCACAACACAUACAUCCAAAGGUGUGACGUUUCGUGUUCAAUUUGACACAUCUUCCCUAGAGUAUGUGUCAUGGGAGACAACAAAGAUCCUGUCCUUUGGAACUAUGGUUUGCCUGACCAACAACCACUUUCAUGAUAUGAUUUUCGCCACAAUUGCCAAGCGGGACCCACAGUGGCUGAAGAAGGGAUUUGUAGAUCUCCGACUCCUUAGGCUAGAAGAUACAAGAUUGCUGAUGUCAGGUGCUCACUUCUACAUGAUCGACUCUCGGAAGUAUGUUGAAGAAUCAUACGAGGUAUUGGAUGCCAUGCGGCAAAUCGACACCAAUGUCCUUCCUCUGGUACCGCAUGUUGUCUACCAAGUGGCAGAAAAUGAGAUUUUUCGUAAUCUAAGGAAGGAUCCCGACAUGCAAUACGACGUCGGUCCUCUGAUGAAGAAUGAGCGAACUGCAAGGAGGUCUAUGCCUCGAACAUGGAGAACGCCCCUACUAAAUAAGGAGAAAUGGCCUGCAACUGAUCAGCUGUGCGUCGAUGAGCACCAACUGGCCGCAAUACAGGCGGCUCUCACGAAGCAGUUGACUGUCAUCACUGGUCCACCAGGGACUGGAAAGACGCAUGUAGGCCUGAAGCUUAUUCAGCUUUUUGUUCUAAAUAAGGAUCGAUGGAGUGAUAUCACAUGUUCAUCUCACGAGGGAAAUGAUGGUGGACCACUUCUCUUCAUGUGUGCCAGUAGGGGAACUCUUGAUGAAUAUCUUACUGGAGUGUCUUUCUUUCAGCGGAACGGAAUAGUGAGAUGGGCUGGUCAAUAUACAAGGAAGUCUCUUCAAGAAUAUCAAAUUGAAAAUCUGCGUGAGAAACAGGCUGUGUCAACGGCUAAUGAAGACCAGUUGUCUAGUGAGAAACUAGAGAAGUGCAAGAAGAGACUUUCGUAUGUACAGGACAACAUAGCAAACCUUCGAACCAAGAUGUUCCCGGAAGAGAUCCUCAAAGUGGUCAUGGAUGAAAAACACUACCAGAGACUGAAAGCGGGGAAAGAACUGAAUUCCUGUGCAGUAAUCUUGGAGUGGCUUCUGUCAAACAACAGCUGUGGAGACGAUCUUCGUAAACUUGAGGAAGGUAUUCCAUUCAAUUUGUCUCGCUUUACAUGUCAGGAUGGAGACGGAGAUGCAUGGUUUGAACAGAAUCUCCCAUUUGUACUCGACUCCCUAGCUCCUCACCUGUCAAACCAGACAAGAAACUUUGUGAGUAAGCAACUUACUUCCAGGGACAAGAUGACGGAUUCAGAAUCAAAGAAGGUCGAAGAUGUGUGGAGACUGGAUUCGCGAGAUCGAUGGAGAGUCUAUCGACUUUGGAUUACCAAACUGGAAACCAGAGGCAAUCAAAGAGCAAUGGCCAUCUUCAAGGAGAUGGAGCAGAUCUGCCUUGAUUGUCAGAAGAUGCAUGACGUCAUUGAUGAAUCUAUUCUUGGUGCUGCGUCUGUAAUAGGCAUGACUGCUUCAUCGGCUGCGAAGAACCGAAGGGUUCUACAACGUAUCAACCCACGAGUCAUCAUCAUUGAAGAAGGAGCCGAUGUUCUUCAGUCAAUAACGUCGGGCAUAAUCCCAUCUGCCUGUCAACAGCUCAUCAUCAUCGGCGACAAUGUCCCCAAAGAAGACCAAUUCCAAGCAGUAAGGAAAUUCGCAGACGUGCACGGUAUUCAUGCUUCUCUUAUGCAACAGUUGGUUGACAACAGCUACUCCGUGUAUGAGCUUAAAAUGCAGCAUCGAAUGAGCCUAAAUGCAUCCAAACUCAGCCGCCAACUGUUCAGCUACGAAUACCAGAGUGACCAGUCAGUCAUUGACCUACCACCAAUUACUGGCAUUAAACACAACGUAUUCCUUAUAGAUCACAAUGUACAAUCAUCUCCAGGAACUUACGAAGUCUCGUUCUUACUGGAACUGUUUAACUAUCUGUUAGGUCAGGGCUUUGCACGGAAACAGAUCUCAAUCCUUGUCUCAUUCCCAGCCCAGCAGAAUCUCUUCGGAAGUGACAUGAGGGACCGACUUCUCACCGUUGAUAACUUCCGAGGUGGGAAUGACAUCGUCUUGUUCAUGAGUAACGGAAGCGAAAGAGGGAGCAGGCCUGGAUGUCUGCUUAGGGAUCGACGUAUCGCCAAUGUGUUGGGCAGCGCAAGAAGAGGAUUGUACAUCAUUGGCAAUUUCUCAUUUCUGUCCAGCCAGUGCACUAUGUGGGCGGGGAUCUUGGAAGAAGCACGACGACUUGAAUUGGUUGAUAGCUGUCUGAAGUUAACAUGCCCUCAUCACCCGGAUAAUCCAAUCACCGUUUCCUCAGUAGAUGGAUUUCAGCAGCUUAAGGAGAAACAUGGGUGUGGAUUACCAUGUCAAGCUCGCCUGGACUGUGGUCAUGGAUGUAAGGAACCAUGUCAUGAUCAUGACUCUGAUCAAGCAAAAGUCGUUUGCAAGCAGCCUUGCAACAAAACCAUCUGUGAAAAUGGCCAUAAGUGCACCAGGAACUGCUCAGAACCAUGUGAAACAAAAUGCAGAGAAAAGAUGGAAAAACAGCUGACAUGCGGUCACUUUCAACGUCUCCCAUGCCUUCUUUCCCCAAGUCAUGCUACAUGUAGAGAUAAAUGUGAACGGUUGCUUACCUGCGGUCACAAAUGCACUGGCAUUUGCGGAAACCCAUGCAAGAAGGAAUUUUGUGUUGAGAAGACAACAAAAUCCAACUGGCCUUGCAAACAUGCAGUGGAGGUGCGUUGCUGCGAUGGCCCAGAAUCGUGUCCAGAGCCAUGUAACUUUGUCUUAGCAUGUGGGCACCCGUGCUCCGGAACUUGUGGAAAAUGUCGGCGUGGAAGACUCCAUGUGGUGUGUCAACAGCCCUGUGGUCGCACUCUUGUCUGUGGCCACUCUUGUGAGAGUAAUUGUGCGGCCCAGUGCCCUCCUUGCACGAAGCAAUGUCAAAAUAGAUGUCAGCACAGUGAAUGCAGGAAAUUCUGCGGAGAAGCUUGUAUACCAUGUAAGGAAUCCUGCCUCUGGCGAUGUCCUCAUGUCUCGUGUGCGAAGUUGUGUGGAGAACCUUGCAACCGGAAGCCAUGUGAUGAACCCUGUAAGAAGAAUCUCCCUUGCGGACAUCCCUGCAUUGGCAUGUGUGGAGAAAGAUGUCCCACCAAGUGUCGGGUGUGCAACAAAGAGGAAGUCACAGAGAUUCUCUUCGGUAGCGAGGACGAAGAAGACACAAGGUUUGUUCAGCUGGAGGACUGUGGUCACGUGAUCGAGGUCGAGGCAUUGGAUCACUACAUGAGCAUGACCCAAGAUACCAACGAUGACGUCACUAUUCAGCUGAAAGGAUGUCCGAAAUGCAAGACGCCCAUUCGAAGGAAUCUCCGCUAUGGUAAUAUCAUCAAGCAGACCCUAGGAGACGUGGAGAAUGUGAAGACUAAAAUGAGAGGAAGCGAAGCAGAGAUCGAAAGCAAAAUGAACGAGCUCAGAGCUAAAUCGUCUCUACUCAGAAGCCACACGGCUUUUAGAGAUAGAUUUCUUGCCGAGAGAGACAUGCGGAAACUGGUCGCGGACUUGACGCAAAUGAAACAUCUAGAGAAGAUACUCGCUCGCCUGAACAGAUGCGCGUUUUUGCGAGCUAUUGCCGAUGUCAGAGCCAAGGUGUCAACUGGAACAAACGUCACCUUUAUGUUGAAAACUCGGAUGCAGGCCUUGGAAAUGCGACUCCGAGAACUGAAGAACGAGGUUGUCGGGGGAGAGAUGGAUAAGUUCACGGAUCAGCAGAUGAAUGACCUACAAAGAGAAAUUUCUCGGGCUAAUCUUCAGGCUCAGGCCAUGACGGUUCUUACGCGCAACAUGACCAUGUUGAAUCAAAACAUGCAAAGUCGAUAUCGAAAAGCUUUCGAUAGUGUCGUUGAAAAGGAAACACCGUUUACCAGUGAGGAUGAAGUUCAGGCAACUCGGCUUCUUCGACAGCUUAAGCAGGAGAUGGGCCAUGUAGUUCUUGGCAUCACCGAUCAAGAACGCGUUCAGAUUGUCAAAGCCAUCGGCCUCAGUCAAGGGCAUUGGUACAAAUGUCCAAAAGGUCACGUGUAUGCAAUUGGCGAAUGUGGGGGUGCAAUGGAAGAGACCAAAUGCCCCGAGUGUGGAGCAAAAAUUGGUGGAGGAAGCCAUCGUUUGACCGGGGGUAACCGAGUUGCGAACGAGAUGGAUGGUGCUACUCAAGCUGCAUGGCCGACCGGUGCCUUCGGCUAUGAUGAAUAUGAGGAGGAGGAAGAAGUAGAACAGGAACUUGAGUUUGAUCACGAAGAUAUUGAAGAACAGUUUCAAAUUGAAAGGCAGAUCAGGGAAGAUCAGGAAAGAGAGGAAAGAGAACGACAGGAAAGAGAACAGGGAAGAAAUCGACUAGUGAAUGAGGAAAGAGAAGGAAGGGCAAGACAAUUAACAUGGUUGGAGAGGAUGCAAAGACAGGAGGUGGAAAGAGAGAGACAAGAACAAGAACGACUUGUGAAUCAGGAACGAGCAAGACAAGAAACACAAAGAUUGGCAAGGGAGGAGAUGGCGAGGGUGGAAAGACGGAGACGUGAAAGAGAACGACUUGUGAAUCAGGAAAGAGAAGAAAGGGCAAGACCGGAAAUACAAAGAUAUGCAAUGGAUGAGAGGGUGAGAAUGGAAAGAGAGAGACGCGCGAGAGAAGAGAGAAUAUUGGAGAGACAGAGACAAGAAAGAAUGCGAGAGCAGCACGACUUUGAAGAGCAACAACGUAGACUAAGUAGAAAUUACCAACGACAAGAAGAAAAUAAAGGUUGUAUAAUUUCUUAAAUGUACUACUUCACAUUUUCAGGUAAAAAAGACAAAUGGAUGAAGGUCCGGUGAACUCUGAGAAGAUCUAUGUUGAAAAGUUAAUGCUUUAAAAAUCUUGUUCACUUAAAUUUUCUUAUAGUGUAUACAAAUAACAAUUAAAACCUUUCGAUCGUCAUUAAUUUCAUUUUUGUCAAUUUUGAAUUAUGGAGAGAAGUGUCAUGGGUAGACCAUGUGAUUUGUAACUAAUGGCAUUACAUACGGUACAUGUAUAUAGUUAUUGUAUUUCUUACAUACUUACAGUUAACAACUAAACU